AUGCCAGAGUCGCCGACCACGGCUCGGCCCUUUGAGCUCGACGACGACGAUGGCCAGGAGUCGGGAAUCGUGCAAGACCCUGCCGCGGCGGGGAAGACGGAUAAUAACAGCAAGGCCACGCCGGGGGAUGGCGGCGCACCAGGGGUUGCUGCAGCUUCCUCGACCGCCGGUGGCGCUACGGACGACGUGCCCCCUCCGAAGCCUCCGCGGCCGUUGACGGAGGCGCAGAAGAAUGAGCUUAUCCUUAAGGAAGCUUUCCCCACGGUUGAUGAUAGUGUUAUCAAGGCGGUUUUGCGGGCCAGCCGCGGCCAGGUUGAGCCUGCUUUCCAUGCACUCCUUGAAAUGACGGAUCCAGAUGCCGUCAAGGACGACGAGCCCGAGGAAACGCCCCCUCCGCAACCACCUAGGCCCGCAGGCGUCGGCAGUGGCCUGACGCAACUUGAGGCCGACGAGCAGUACGCGCGCCAACUCGCUGAGCAUUACGAGAGGGUGGGAGCCUACGACGAACAGCACUCUCGACACCAGCACACUCGGCAGCAGCCGCGGGACCCCCGGCGGAACCGCCAACCGCAGCAACAGGGGCAGCAGCAUCACGAGACGGGGCUCAAGCCUAACGAGCUGUACGACGACAGGGAGCACAGCUUCAUUGACGACGACCUGCCUGUGAUACGCGAGAACUUGAAGAAGGGAUUCAUCGAGACGCAGACGAAGGUGAAUUCGUGGAUCACGAACAUCAAGAAGAAGAUCGACGAUGCUUUUGAGGAGGAUGAGCAGGCGCGCCAGCAGCACCUUGCCUACGGGAGGAGGCCUGGAGAGGCGAGUCGGAGGAGUGGAGAUUAUGAUCGCUACGAUGCUGACCCGCAGGUGAUUACGGAUGAUUUUGCUGGCAUGAAGCUAGCGGCAGAUGGAACUCCUAUCCGCGACCCCAGGCCGCUCGCGAAUCCCAACCUCUUCAAGCCUCCUCCUCCAUCCAAGUCUCCCAAGCCCAACGAUGGCCGUAGGGUAGCGUUCAAGGAGGACACGGAGGAAAUCGACGUAUACACGUCGUCCCCCAAGCUCGGAGCUCGGGACUCAGCCACACCUCCCGGCAACAAGCAGAGCAAGUGGCAGCCGCUCUCGACGGUGGAGCCCAGCCCCAUCACGGACAAUGAUCCCUUCAGUCUCGGAGAUAGUGAGGAUGAGAAGGAUGUCAAGGACAAGACGUCGACGACGGGUGCUGGCGCCGGAUCUUCGAGCUCGAAGGAUGCUAGCAAGGAUGAUGAUGCUGAGAGACUGAGGAAGGCUGCGGCCGAGGCUAUGGCUGAUAGUCUUGUGGAUUCGAAGGAUGCGGGCUCUAAGAGCUAG